AACGCAAGCAGUGCAGGUGACCAACUCUGAAUUGCAAGUGGUCCCAUUUCCUCUAAUUUUACAGUUUCCCACCACCAGUAACCACCAUCAUUUCCUCUUUUUCGAUUCAAGCUGCAGCAAGGAAUCUAAUAACACUCUGCCCCUUAUUGUGAUCGAUCUGAAGCAACCAAUUGUGCUCCAUGAUGGCAAUUGGCUUUACCUGGUUUUAGUUUUUUCCUCACUUUUAACUCUGCUUUCUGUAACUCUUUUCCUGGAAAAAAAGGGCUGGCAUUUUUUUUCUCGGGAAAAAGUAGAGAUAUGCAACAGAAAGGAAUGUGGGUGUGUCUGAAGUUCGUUUUUUAGAGUCAGCAAACCUACUUUCCAUCUCUCUUUUGCUUCCUCUAUUUAAAAAGUUUUCUUUCUAAGCAACUCUUCCCUUGGGUUUUGAUCUCUUCACUGAGGGAGAAAUAAUUUUUAAAAAAUAGAUUUGUUUGGUAGAGGAAAAUGUACAGAAGCUGACCUGGGUCGGUCCUUACAAAUUGAAUCUUUUACUUUCAUUUUGUUUAUUUCCUUACAUGGGUUUAUUUAUUUAUAAUUUUAAUGGAGUAUAAUGGGGUUCCAGUUCACGUCUUGUCACCAAAACGCGUUCCGUAUCCGUGUUGGUGAUCUCUUCUUGAAGGUGGUGGUUUGUUUAGUGUCGCAGUCUGAUCUGCGUAUUUUGCUCUGGUGAAAUCACACAGCCAGACAUUCUUACAGAUCGAGUAAGAAACUUUGGUAGUUAAUUGAAAGAUAAUUGAAUUUCAGUGUGAAGACUGGGAGUUUUCAUGUUUAUGAAGUGAACGGAGGAGCGAGUUUUGUCAUACCUUGGGAUAUAACCUUAAGCUCUUGAAGUGUACGAUCUCAAUAUGCUUUUGAGGCAACUUACUUGUUAAUUUGGAGGUCUUGGGUGAAGCUAAGACAUUGGAGUGAUAGUUAAUGGCUUCCGGAGUAGGGAGACGUCCCCGUGGUAAUCUUGUGCCUCUUGCUGCUUUGAUCAGCAGAGAAAUGAGGAACGAGAAGAUGGAGAAGCCAACUGUGAGACAUGGUUAUGCAGCCCAGUCUAGAAAAGGAGAAGACUAUUUCCUGAUUAAGACUGAUUGUCAGCGAGUCCCAGGGAAUUCAUCAUCUACAUAUUCUGUAUUUGCGAUCUUUGAUGGACACAAUGGGAAUGCCGCAGCAAUAUUUACUAGGGAGAAUCUUUUGAAUCAUGUUUUGGGUGCCCUUCCUCGUGGGCUUGGGUGGGAGGAGUGGCUUCAAGCUUUACCUCGAGCAUUAGUAGCUGGGUUUGUGAAAACUGACAAGGAGUUUCAGAGCAGAGGAGAAACAUCAGGUACUACAGCAACAUUUGUGAUAGUUGAUGGAUGGACAGUUACUGUUGCAUCUGUUGGAGACACACGUUGUAUUUUAGAUGCUCAGGGUGGUGCCAUUUCCACCUUAACCGUGGAUCAUAGACUUGAAGAGAACAUGGAAGAGAGGGAACGUGUGACUGCAAGUGGUGGGGAAGUUGGAAGGCUUAGCAUUGUUGGUGGUGCUGAGAUUGGCCCUCUCCGUUGUUGGCCAGGAGGUUUAUGCCUUUCUAGGUCAAUUGGAGACAUGGAUGUCGGAGAAUUUAUAGUUCCAAUUCCAUAUGUCAAGCAAGUGAAACUAUCAAAUGCAGGUGGUAGGCUUAUAAUUGCUUCUGAUGGAAUUUGGGAUGCCCUUUCCUCUGAAAUGGCAGCAAAGCAUUGCCGUGGGUUGCCAGCUGAACUUGCUGCUAGACAAGUUGUGAAGGAAGCAUUAAGGACAAGGGGACUAAAGGAUGAUACAACAUGCAUAGUUGUUGACAUUAUUCCUCCUGAAAAUUCAACACAGCCCUCAACUCCUCCCAAGAAGCAGAACAAGCUCAGAACCUUGUUAUUCAGGAAGAAAUCACAUGAUUCCUCCAAUAAGUUAUCAAAAAAGCUUUCUGCUGUAGGUAUAGUGGAAGAACUGUUUGAAGAAGGCUCUGCAAUGCUUGCUGAGAGACUGGGGAAUGAUGAUUCCAAUAUGCACUCAGCAUCUGGUCUUUUCACAUGUGCUGUAUGUCAAGUUGACCUUGCUCCGAGUGAGGGCAUCUCUGUUCAUGCUGGUGGAAUCUUCUCCACCAGCUCCAAACCCUGGCAAGGGCCUUUCCUCUGUUCUGAUUGCCGCAAUAAGAAGGAUGCUAUGGAAGGAAAACGCUCUAGUGGAGUUAAAGUGGCAUAACUCUACUGUUUCCCUCAUUCUUCAUCUCUUGAUUUUUUUUAAAAAUUUUUUUUAACCGCAACUGCAUCUUCUAGGCCAGGUAAUUUAUUGAAUGUCACUACCACGGUGCCACAAAUGUAUAUGUAAUAUUCAAAUAAUGGAAAAUGUGUGUUAGCAUAUUAGCCAUAAUUGGUUUGAUAA